AUGAACAUUGACAUUGUUCAAGGCAGAGACCUCGAAUUCAUCCCACCACCCCUCAAGCACCGCGGCGACGGCCUCGCUUUUAAAAACCUUUUCCGCGGUGAAGAUGGCACGCCUGAGAACUAUUACCUCGCGUUAGCGCGGCAAGCUGACUUCUACUCCCCCCGCCACAAGCACAACUUCGACCAGUUCCGAUACGCCGUGCGGAACGACGUCUCCAUCGGCCCGGAUAUGCUACUGCGCGAAGGCGAGCUGUGCUAUCACCCCGAAGCCGUGCACUACGGGCCACAGAAAGAUGAGGGCGGAGACCGCGAUGUCCUCGUCCUACAGUUCGGCGGAGCCAGCGGGCAAGGAUAUUUGUCGUUUGACCAACUGGCGGCUGCGCAGGCAGCGUUGAAAGAGAAGGGCCGCUUCGAAGGGGGCAGGUACUAUGCCGAGAACGACGGUGCUACUUCCGAGGGUAAAGAUGGCUAUGAAGCGCUCUGGGAAUACUUUAACCACCGGCCACUGGUAUACGCCGAACCUCGAUUCGACAAACCGAUCAUCGUCAAGCCGAAGGGUUUCGCCUGGAAGCCAUGCGCCGGUUCUGGCAAGGGGAUUUUCAAGAAGACGCUUGGAGUGUUCACUGAACGGGAGACGCGCGUGCAGAUAGUGAAGAUCGUUGCUGGGAACGAAUGGCUUGUUCGGGCCCAGGAUGCGACCCAGCUGCUGUACGUGCUACAAGGGAGGGGUGUUGCAUCUCAGCCGGAGGCGGGAGGUAUACCGGUGACGUUUGACGAGGAGAGCGCUAUCCGCCUGAAGCGGAAUUCAAAUGCCGUUGCUCUUUCAGCCGAUAGGGACGUCGAGAUCAUGCAUUUUAUUCUACCUACGUUGUCCUAG